UAUUGUUUUUGGUACCAAAAUUUGCAUAAACAAUUCUGCAAAAUACAUAUAAUAUGUACUGUUUUGGGCGACAAAAUAUAAGCCAUUCGAUAAGUCGUAAAAAAUCCAUUGAAGCAGUCAGUAUAGCUAUCAUUGAAAUUAUUUAAACAAAAAUGAAAAUUAUCUGUGCAUUACUCUUCUGUGCUAUUUUAAUAAUUUUGGCGAAUGAUGAAAAUGAUGAUGAUGAUAAGCCAAAGGAUAGAAAGAAGCUCAACGCUACAAACGAACUCCUUCAAAUGCAUAUUAAUAAAUGUACACUUUGGGACAGAUUCAAACAUUUUGUUCGUCAAAAUCGGCACUCAAUGGAGCAGUUGAAUUUUAUGUUUGCAAUACCUGAACAAGAUUAUGAUGGAAACACAAUUAAGCAGCACAUACUUGAGCGUGAACUGCAACAAGGACUACUCAUGGAAUCAGUUACAGGCAAUAUUGAAUUCGAGUUUGUUGAUGAUAUUGGUAGUGAUAGAAAAAAAGUAAAAAAACUUGGAGCUGACAGAAGAAAACUGUUAAGACGUAAUUUAAAAUCGUUAAUAACCGAUAUAAUACAGAACCCAGAGAGCCACGAUGUUACAUUUGAGCAUACAUGUAAACUGAUAGGAUUGUACUUAAGUAUCAGGUAUGCAGACAACUACUCAACUUCUGCUGUUGUUACACCUCCGCCUGACAAUACUUGUGUCAUAAGCCAUGGAAGUACAGCCAUGGUAUCUUGCAAAUAUGUCAUUAGGCGUAAAAGACUUUUACGUCUUGUAGAUAACGAUAACCAUUUAAUAAUUAUGAAUGACAUACUUCUAUCUCUAUUACGUUAA